AUGAGCCGUAGAGAAACAUAUGACAAGAUUCCUAUACAAGGAAAUUACUACCCAAUGCCCUCGCUUGCUUUCAUGCAAUCCGAAGGGCAGCGAUUCUCCGUGCACACGAGGCAGUCAUUGGGUGUGGCAAGCCCGAAAACGGAUGGUUUCGAGAUCAUGUUAGAUCGACGGUUGUUACGCGAUGAUGGGCGUGGACUCGGUCAAGGAGUCACCGAUAACCAUCCGAUGAAUAUAAUUUUCCAUCUCACUUUCGAAUCCAACGUAUCUGUAACACCUGAUCUUAUUCCAAACGCGGGUCCCGUAAGUCCGUCGCUUUUCUCACAUCGCGUUGGGGCCCACUUGAACUAA